CUUUAUUUCUACGUGGGUGAGCAGUGUGUGAGUGUGUUUGUGGCACCUCCCCGCUCCUCCAUAGAUCCAGUUGCCCCCUUGUACCUUGCAGGCUGCACCAUGCAUGUCUUCUGCACCCCGCGGUUACUGUAGUUAGAGCAGGAUCCAGAGGUUUCCCCCCUAGCCGACUCCCCAUCGCCUCGGUUUGGGCUUCGGACCGUGCGUCAUGCCGCGACACCUGAAGCACACUACGGUCCCGUUGCUGGACCGCGUGGUUCCUUUGUAACUGGAUCUACUUUUUUGGAGGGAGAGGAGGGCAUGCUCUCCUCGUCUCUGGAGAACACUUGCAAAGAGGAUAAGAAAGUAGAAAGAGAAGGGUGAGCAGCAGCGACAGGAGGAGGUAGAGAUAAUCUUAGAGACUGUAACUUGUAGAUGUUUGACCAGGCCACGACUAUGGGCGAUGGGAACCACCGCUGUGGACCCAACCCGCUGUGUCCGGACCGGAUGGAGACAAAGUGCCGCGCCGAGAUAGGGAGCCGGUCCCCGGUUCAGAGCUCCACCGACACCCCGGGGACAUCAGCGUCCACGCCGACGUCCUCCAGCGAAGACGGACACGACAAACUUUUGGGAGUGGACCCUGACUACUGUCGGAGGAUAUUAGUAAGGGACGCCAAAGGCACCAUCCGGGAGAUCGUCCUGCCGAAAGGCCUCGACCUGGACCGGCCCAAGCGCACGCGGACCUCCUUCACGGCCGAGCAGCUGUACCGGCUGGAGCUCGAGUUCCAGCGCUGCCAGUACGUCGUGGGCCGCGAGCGCACCGAGCUCGCGCGGCAGCUGAAUCUCUCGGAGACGCAGGUCAAGGUGUGGUUCCAAAACCGCCGGACCAAACAGAAGAAGGACACCACCAAAGAUUCAGACAAACGCUCUUCUUCCACGUCUGAGUCUUUGGCCACCUGCAACAUCCUGCGCCUCUUGGAGCAAGGCCGCCUCCUGGCGGGCCCCGCCCCACCUCCCAACUCCAUCUUAGGGCCUCCGCCUCACCCAGCAAAUGGCUCCCUGCUGAGCAGCCCGGGCGGAGGCUCCUCCACUUCUCCUGGAAUCAGCAGCAGCACUCCUCCCAGCUCCCUACCAGGAGGGACUUUUGGGAUGUCGCUGCCAUCGCUGGGCGGCACCCCACCCUCACCACGGCUGGGCGUCCCGCCGCCGCACUCCCUCUGCUUCUCCAUGCCGCUGUUGGGGGGCGCUCAUCAUGAACUGACAUCCACCUAUGGCUGUGGCUCCUCAGCUUUUGAGCCAUACAUGCGGCUGGACAGGAAAGAGGCAGAUUUGGGUGGAAAGAAGACCGUUUCUUAAGUAAUGUGUCCUUCUUUGAGGACGCCUGGGGACUGGGGCUUGUCUUUGUAAGAGCUUUUCUCCCCAGUCUCUCACCCCGCUGCCUGUUUGACACUCAAGCGGCUGCAGACAGGAGGAAGAAAUCACCCUGGAUCAUGAGAAAUGUGAAAAAGGAAGAGACCAGGUUGCUUUCCUUGCGGCACCAUUUUGUGCCAUAGCACCGUUCGGCACACUGACACAAAAUGGUGAAACGGAUGUGAUGUGACGGAGACUCUCCCACAUAAAAAAAUAGAAAAAAAAAACUUGUGAAUUUUUGCAAAAAUGCCGUGUGUGUAUGUUGUGUGAACCCUGACAGACAGAUGUUUUUAUCACCACUCUCUUCGCGGUGGUUUUAAGUGACUCUUCAUUUUUUUUGUCCAGUGAGUUUGUACGUGUGGUUUUUUCUCUCUAUAAAGGCCUUCAUUUAAUGUUCAGGAAAAAAAAAAAAUACUUGACAUGGAUAGUUUAGACUGAAUCAGUGUCUGAAUGAGAAGAGUGGUAUUUCAAAGAAAGCAGUUUGUACACAUUCCUAUUCAAGUGGCCAUGUUUGAUUUUAGUUGAUGUGCUAUCACAAUAUGGAAGAAACACUGAAAAAAAAGAAUUGUAGCAUUUUAAUAUCAGUCUGUUUGUUGUCCAGCAUUAGUCUUUGUAAAUUCUUUAUUUGGUUGUGUUUGUUUAUGAAAUAAUAUGUGGUAGGAUCUGGACAAAUGGUGCAAAAUCACAUAUCUAGAUCCAAUAGUUUAAUAUAAAAUAACAUGAUGAGAAAGAAGAAUAGUUGUUUGAGAAAGCUGGUUAGACUCUGCCAAAGCAUUUAUGGAUUAACCUUCGGAGGUGCAACAUUUGUGUCCUCCAAUCGGUCAAGGAAGUCAAGAUCAGGCUGAGAAAAAUUACCUUUGAGCCCAGAUUAAUGUUCGAUUCACAGACGUAACAGUUUCUCUUUGAGUAAUCGGCUGAAAGACGUUCUCGUUUAGUAAAUCUGACUCAGAGAAAGAGUUUUCAGACACGUAAGUUAAGAAUCCGGACAAUGUUUUAUUUACAGGACCAAAUUUGUGUAAAAUUGCUGUAAAUGAAAGAGUUGUGGUUGGGACUAGAGCUGCAACGGUUAAUCGAUUAGUCGAUUUGUCAGAUGAAAGAAAAGUAUUUUGAUAAUCUGUUAAUCGUUUCAGUCAUAUUUUAAGCAAAAAUACCAAACGUGCUGAAAUGCUGUUUUUCUUUGUCAUAUAUGACAGUAGAUUGAUCGUCUUGUCUUAUUUUUUUAGGUGGUCGUCAUGGUUUGCAACACAUCACAACAACAGCUAUCGAACAGAUUUUGUUCAGGUCAUAUCCAUAAUUACAUAAAUCUCAGUGUCUUUUACACAGGAAACUUUUACGGUAUGCACAUGCUUAGAAUGCAAAAAGCUGCAGCAUCACGUGAAACUUUGAGUUACAAGCUUUUUAGUGGUUGUUUAUUUUUCUUUAAAUGGAUAUUUUGUGUUUGCUCCAUGUUUCUUGUUUUGAUUUUUAAGAUCACAUUUGGCUCGCCCUGCUGUUAGUCUUUACCUUGGCCCACCUGUAACAGAAAGACUCCUCUGCUUGCCCCUCAUUUAAAGCACUUUAUCUUUGCAGUUUUUUAUACAUCCUCCGGUAUCCUUUUUUCUUUUCUCUUUUUUUUUUUUCUGCUUUUUUAAGCCAUUUCAUUAACUGCUGAUCCACACUGAAAUCUGGUCAAACCUCCACAAUUUAGAACAUCGUCGGUAGUAACAGAGUAGGUAUAUUCAGAAAAAAAAACCUCAGUUAUUUUCAAAUAAACUGCAGUUCUCUUUCAGUUACAUCUUUAACUGAUUGAUUUGAACCUAAAUUGACCUCAGGAACCCAUUCAGAAAACAUGUUAAUGCAGGACAGGCUGAAGGAAAAAAGAGGAAGGAUCAGCUGCAGUAUUUUUCUAUCCCCUAUAUGAUGCCAUAUGUCCAGGUUUCCUCGUUGUCCAAAGAAAAUCAAAACUCAUCUGCAAGAACCGGCAGUUCCUAACAGUUUGCCCUCAAUUUGUCCGUGUCAGAUGAGUUAUCGCCCCCUUUUCAUAACUUCUGUCUGUCGUCUCAUUUUCCCAUGUAUCUAUUCAUUUCUAGGUUUAGUCUCGUUGUGAGGUUUAAUAUGUUUUUCCCGAACCCUUUCUGUUACGUUCGCUGAAGGUGACACGACAUCAUCUUUAAAAAAAAUGAAUAAAUAAAUAAAUAAAUGGACACUCCCCUCCCGUGACAUCAAUUUAAAAAGGUGCUUACAAGCAAAGGCCAGGCUACAUCUAAAACAGCCGAGCGUGCUUCAGCUGCAGAUACGUCUCUCGCGGAGUGCAUAGAAAGGCUCUGACUUCAGCCUAUGAAAACUCCCCGUCUGUUGGCUCACCGGGGCCUUUUCACGCCCGUGUAGCGCCGGCUGUCAGCUGGUGAUUUGUUGUUGUUGUUGGUUUCAGACCCCAGCAAUGCUGCAAAAAACCCCUGUUAUCUACUCAUGGCUCUUUGCAGCGGUGCACCUGGGCUGUUGUCGAACACUGUAUUAUUUUCUAUAAGCACCAUCCAUAAUUCACACGCUGCGACAUCAAAUAUUGAGCAGAGAGAUGGAGCUGAGAGGUCAGGAGGCUUGCUUCUCAUGUAAGGCCGAUGUACCCUUUCACAGACCCUCUUUUUUUUUUUUUUUUUUCCCUUUACUCACAACAGGGUCGUUUCAUUCCUUGCUAAAUUGCUUUCCUGCUGUGUUGUAAGCAAAACACAGUCUCUUCUCCCCCCUUUUUUUUUUUUUUGCUGGAAUAUUUCAAUUUUUUGUUACAGUUUUAGUGUUGAUUUCAAGUCCACACUUGCUGCACAAGCUAGUGGAUUAAUGAGCACUUAAUGAACAAAAACAGCUCAGCAUUAAUCUCAUUUGCAGUCAUUUCUCAGUCAGUGUGACAUGAGAGGAGGAUCAGAUAUUAAAGAGACAGUUUUUUGUGGCUCAGUGUUUAAAAAAAAAAAAAAAAAAA